GAAUUUGAACUCCUUUCCUAACUUCUAAGCUACUCAUUUAAAUAUCCCCAUGAACAAUGACCCUUUCUCUUUAUAAUACAACUCCUAAAACCCAUUCUCAAUGUCUUCAUUCAACCAAUCACCAUCUUUCUCUCUGAAAAGAGCUUUCUGAAUCAUCUUCGUUUAGGGUUUUUGUUCAAUUUCACUUCCUUUUUGGUGGGUUUUGAGAUUGAAGAUUUGGGUUCGCACAUUUUGGGGAUUUCUUGGAUUUCUUUCUGCUGCUACAAUGGAGGAGAAAUAUGAGCCAUUGAAAGAGCUUGGUUCUGGGAAUUUUGGGGUUGCAAGGCUGGUUAGAGAUAAGAAGACUAAAGAGCUGUUUGCAGUCAAAUACAUUGAAAGAGGGAAAAAGAUUGAUGAAAAUGUUCAGAGGGAAAUCAUUAACCACAGAUCGUUAAGGCAUCCAAACAUCGUCAGGUUCAAGGAGGUGUCGUUAACUCGGACACAUUUGGCUAUAGUCAUGGAAUAUGCAGCUGGUGGUGAACUCUUUAGUAAGAUCACCAGUGCUGGCCGAUUUAGUGAAGACGAGGCUCGGUUUUUCUUCCAACAACUUAUAUCCGGAGUCAGCUACUGCCAUUCCAUGGAAAUUUGUCACAGGGAUCUGAAACUAGAGAACACUCUUCUUGACGGGAGUCCAAGUCCCCGGCUCAAAAUAUGCGAUUUUGGUUAUUCAAAGUCUGGUUUAUUGCACUCGCAACCAAAAUCAACAGUUGGAACACCAGCUUACAUCGCCCCUGAGGUCCUAUCUCGGAAAGAAUAUGAUGGAAAGAUUGCAGAUGUUUGGUCAUGUGGGGUGACUCUGUAUGUUAUGUUGGUUGGAGCUUACCCUUUUGAGGAUCCUGAAGAUCCUAGGAAUUUUCGUAAAACGAUCGGGAGAAUCGUGAGCGUUCAGUACUCGAUACCUGAUUAUGUGCGUGUUUCUGCCGACUGUAGACACCUUCUGUCUCAUGUCUUCGUGGCAAACCCCUCCAAGAGGAUCACGAUAGCGGAAAUCAAGAAACAUCCAUGGUUUCUGAAGAACAUGCCGAAAGAGCUGGUUGAAGGGGAGAAAACAAACUACGAGAAUGGCAGCGGUGACCAAUCGCUGCAAAGUGUUGAUCAAAUCAACCGGAUCAUACAGGAGGCGAAGGUUCCCAGUGAAGGUUCCACCACGACGGGUGGGCAGGUGGAGAUUGGUGGAUCGAUGGAUCCUGAUGAGGAGGACUUCGACUUGGAGAACGAGAUCGAUGACAGCGGAGAUCAUUCGGGCCAAAUUUGAGGAUCUUUCUGAUCACAAAUGGCUUUUGAAAUGUACCAAGUUUGUGUAGAUUAUAUUCGCAUAAGAUCCCAGACUCAUGUGUAAUGUAACAAUCAAGUUUUGCAUUUCAAGUCUUGAGUUCAACAUGAAUCCACAUUCUGUUUAUUUAA